AUGGGUUGCCCUAACUUCACCAGCGGAAAUGAGACCUUGCCUGACAGGAACCUUUACACAGUGCAGACCUCUGUGCCUUUAACGAUCCUUGUGGGCAUCCUCAUCCUGCUAACUGUGUUUGGAAAUGUAAUGGUAGUCAUCGCUGUGAUCACGAGCCGAGCCCUGAGAGCACCACAGAACUUGUUCUUAGUCUCUUUGGCAUGUGCAGACAUUCUGGUCGCCACCUCAGUGAUGCCAUUCUCUUUAGCGAAUGAACUGAUGGGUAACUGGUACUUUGGUAAAGUGUGGUGCGAAAUCUACCUGGCUUUGGAUGUGCUCUUCUGCACCUCAUCCAUCGUUCACCUGUGUGCCAUCAGCCUGGACAGAUACUGGUCCGUCUCUCAAGCAAUUGAGUACAACCUGAGGAGGACACCGCGCAGGAUUAAACGCACGGUCUUCAUAGUUUGGGUACUGGCGGCGAUCAUUUCAUUCCCUCCGCUCCUCACAAUGAAAAAGGACGAGGGUAAAGAAGAUAGCCCUAAAUGUAAAAUCAGUGAGGAGAAAUGGUACAUCAUAUUCUCCAGCACUGCCUCUUUCUUCGCACCCUGCCUCAUCAUGAUCAUGGUGUAUGUUCGGAUAUACCAGAUUGCCAAGAAAAGAACGAGAGCCCAGCCAGGUGAAAGGCAGAGAGAAUGUCGCAAUCCCGAAGACACAAAGUGUGGCCACGACCCUCUGGAAAGAAAAGGUGGUCGAGAUAUCAAUGGGCUCGACGUGGAGGAAGAUCCCUCCUCGUCUGAUGGGAAUGAAACCAUCCUUUGCUCCCUGAAGAAGAUGAGGGGCGUACAGACAACUAAAGUGGCCCAGGAGAAGCCUGGAGAAACCUCUCCAAAGCCAGAGGCGCAGCCCUGCGUGAGAGUGAGCAAGUGGACAGGACGGCAGUACAGAGAGAGGCGCUUCACAUUUGUUCUGGCUGUGGUGAUGGGAGUGUUUGUUCUUUGCUGGUUCCCCUUUUUCUUCACAUACACACUCACCGCUGUGUGUGACACCUGCUGUGUCCCAGAGACAUUGUUCAAAAUGUUCUUCUGGUUUGGUUACUGCAAUAGCUCACUAAAUCCCGUUAUAUACACGAUAUUCAAUAAUGACUUCAGGAGGUCGUUUCAAAAGAUCCUUUGUAAAAGGGACAGAAGGGGUUAA